AUGGUGCUCACUUUGAAGAAGCUCGCCCAAAUUCAAACGAUGCGCUUCUUCUUGAUGCGAUGCCAUGCAAGUCGAUAUGGAAAUGCCUUGCCGUUCCAGAGAGAUAAUUUUGAUUUAGCUGUUGCUUUCCUUGUUGUUAUGGAAUGCGGAAAUGAUGCAGAAUUCAACCGAUUCUGCGAGCAGUAUCGAUUGAUUAUGCAAAGCAUUCAAAGAAUCAAUCCUCAUCUCAACAUUCCUCAAUUGACCAGAUGGAACGAAUUUGAUUCUAAUACGUUGCCGUAA